AUGGUUGAAGCUCAGAAAUACAGGAUAGAACAGGAAAUGACAAAUCUUGUUAAUGAGUUAGACAGGAGUUAUUUGAGAAAGAUGCAGGGUGAUAUGCACAGAUGUGCUGCAAACUGCUGCGAUGAUCAGCAAUCAUCGUUAGAAAGAGUUCAUGGGUGUAUUGAGAAAUGUACGACACCGCUGAAUCAGGCCAAUAAUUAUGUACAAAAUGAAAUUAAUCAUCUUCAAAAUAGACUUCAACGUUGUGUGAUGGAUUGUAAUGACUCGGCCAGAGACAGGCUCGGCCCCGAUCCCAGCCAGGAUACUAUUGACAAAGCAACCAUACAGUUUGAAAACUGUGCAGUGAAGUGUGUGGACAAACACAUAGGUUUAAUACCUGGAAUGAUGAAAGCCAUGAAAAAAGUACUAGCUAGCGGCAAACCACCUCCGGUCAACGGCGUACUCGUGGAGACAUUGUUUCCGCCAAUAAUACCAUCCUGCGGAUGUGGUAUUAUUGAUUCGUGCGGAUAUCAGUCUCAAUGCGGAUAUUCCGCCAUAAAUUAUGUGAGUGAUGGUGUUGAUAUAUGUAGGACGCCUUUUGUACCAGAUUAUAUGUAUCCAACCAACGCCAUAGAUAUAGUUACCCCUGUCUGCGAUUGUUCUUGUGAUAGAUACGAUUUAAUUUGUUCCCGAGCGACAAUUCCGCCAUUGCCGCCAGUGAUUGGCUGUUCGAAAUAUUUACCUGCAAUGAACUACCUUAUAUUAUCUUUUAUGCUAACAUUGGCGUUGUCUGAUAAUACUUACGCAAGAUACCAAAGACGAUCCCCAAAAACGCCAUAUAUGUCAGGUAUCCAAAAUAUACUAGGCCCCGCAAACGAGAGACUAAUUGCAUCAAAAAGAAAGCCAAUAGCGGAAGUUGUUACAAGAAAUCAAAUGGGUAUGCCAAACACUUUAAUGGCACGUGACGGAAUGCCAAACAUGAGAGCCAUUCAACCAAAAUGCCCAUGCCAAACGGAACCCAUGUAUCAGAGGAUCCAAGAAAUACCAACAAUACCAGCAAUUCCUACAAUUCCAUCACCCUACAUGACUGUACCAAAUGUACCUCUUAUCCAACCGCCAUUGGCUGCUCCGUCAGGGCCAGUGGCAUUUCCGGAAAGGCCAGUGGUAUUUCCGGAAAGGCCAGUGGUAUUUCCGCCAGUGCCAGAAAUUACGCUCCCGUAUCCUGCUCCGCCUGUGCUACAAGAACCUUGUCCGUGCCGUGAACCUGCAGCUUUGGUUAGUCCAUUUCUCCCCGCAGCAUCUCCUGUAUCAGCGUUGGCACCACCAACAUCAAAUCUACUCCCUCCCGUCAUACCAAGCCAAAACAGGCAUCAUUUCUUAAGAAAAAUUCCCAUACCGCCACCGACUUUGUAA